UUAAAACAAUUCCAUCCACCGAUGCAUCAUCUUAUUUUCUUGUGAAUAAAGAUUCGAGUAGCUACGGAGUUGUGGACCAUGGCUCCUUUGUAUAUUCCAGAAGAAAACGAUUUCUUUUGCAGCGAUGACGACUCAUCUGCUACGUCGUCYACAGACGCAAGCAGCUCGGCCUCCUUGUCCUCGUCUUCGUCGUGUUUCGAAGCGUCGCAGCCACCGCAACAUGCACAUAGAGUGCGGUCCGUUAGCUUUGCAGCAGGGACAACUGUUCACGAGGGUGCUGUCAUGAACAUCGAGGACUACAGCGAGUACGAAAAGUGUGAAUGCUGGUACCAGUUGGAAGAAAUGCGAGAGAUCCGACAGGACGUGAAAGACACCGUGGCUAUGAUGAACAUMCAAAGCCAAGCCAAUUUGAAUUCAACAGGCGACAGAAAAUUGAUGACCGCCCUCGUUGACGAUGUCACCCAAACCAUCAGAGGAUUGGAGGGGAAAACCCGUGCUGGAAAACGCCACCGGAGAGAAGUACGGCUUGCAUCCAUCGCGGCGGUAUUUGACGAACAAACUCUACAGGAAAUGGACGGUGUGAUGGAUCCUUUGCUGAUUGCAAUGGCUUACACCGAACAUUCCUAUCCAAUGCAGGUGGCAGCACUCGAACGUGCCUCGAUCUAUCGGGAGGAGGCGAACGAAAUUUAUAACGAAGAUUCAUCGUUACUGUUGCGUACUCCUCCUUACAGCACUCUUAAGGACAGUAACGCGGCGGAGCAKCAGAAAAACAAUGUGGUAGAGAACAGUCUUGCGCAAGAUGAAACCUCAGUUGUUUGUGACGACGUCGUGGUUGGACCYACGAUAUGUGUUUUGGAAAUUGAAGAGGCAGAUGAUGUCGUCGAACAAGAUAACGAAACAACUUCUAGCGGUGCCUUGGAUGACAAGAAUUUACAAGGCAGCCCCGCGAUCGAGGACUCUUUGUCAUUAAAAGACAACCAAAAAGACGAUAUCCUGCCGGAAAAAGUCGAAAACUUUGAUAAUGUCAACAACGAGAUUCGUCCAUUCAACAAAGGGCCACUGAGGUUUCGUGAYAGGUUCGCAUGCUUCUUGCCAGGUGCUACCUCCAACAGAAGACCUGCUCUUAUGGGUGCCCUUCGAGCUGUUCACAUUUAAUACAUGAAGGAAUGAAACCAUUGCUUCCUAGAUUAAUUCUGCCUUAUCUUGCGUUUGGUUAGCUCAUCUUUAACCGGACGGAYGAAACAUAGAAACAAUAGAAAAGCUAAAAGSUAUUGCUACGAAUAUGAAAUAGUUGCCGAAAGAAACUGAAAUGUUACGAGUUUAUCUUCUUCUUGUACGGUUAGAUCGCGAUAAAUGGAUAUUAACAUU